AUGGAGAACAUGGCUGAAGUGCAUGAAUUCAUUCUCCUGGGUCUUGCAUAUGAACACAGAGAGAGAUACACUCUAUUUGUGAUGUUCCUGCUGCUCUACUUGGCCAGUUUGCUGGGAAAUGGAGCCAUUCUGGCUGUAGCUAUAGCUGAGCCUCAACUCCAUACUCCCAUGUAUUUUUUUCUGGGCAAUCUCUCCUGCCUGGAUAUUUGCUACUCCACUGUUACUGUGCCUAAAAUGUUGGGUGGCUUCUUAACAGAACACCAAGCAAUUUCUUUCAUUGAAUGCCUGGUUCAGUUGCACUUCUUUUACUUCUUGGGCAGUGGUGAGGGCAUCCUUCUGGGGGUUAUGGCCUUUGAUCGCUACGUGGCUAUCUGCAACCCUCUGUGCUACACAGUCAUCAUGAAUAAAUGGGCUUGCCUUCUGCUAGCUGGGGCCACCUGGGCAGCUGGUUUCUUCCAUGCUCUUAUGCACACAGUUCUGACCUCCCGUCUAUGGUUCUGUGGCCCCAAUCAUGUCCAACAUUUCUUUUGUGACAUCAAGCCCCUCUUAAAAUUGGCCUGCAGUUGUACUGCUCUCAACCUCAGACUUCUUAAUAUUGUUACUGGAUCAAUUGCGCUGGGUGCCUUCUUCCUCACCCUUCUCUCCUACUUUUACAUUAUAUCCUUCCUCUUCUUCAAAGUCCAGUCUUGGAAAAGCCGUUGGAAAGCCUUCUCGACUUGUGCCUCCCAUCUGACUGUUGUGGCUCUAAUGUAUAUUCCAGUUCUUUCCAAUUACAUGCUUGCAUCUACUGGUGAAUCAGCUGAAAGAGAGAUGAUUGUCACUAUAUUAUAUAGUGCAAUCACUCCAAUUUUGAAUCUUCUAAUUUAUACUCUUAGGAAUCAAGAGGUAAAAUCUGCUCUGAAAAAAAUCUUCAGCAAGAAAUAUUUUUUUGGAAGGAUAUGA